UGAAUGAAGAACUAAAGUAUAAUUCUGCCUCAUAAGCCUCGAGUUGUGAUUUAAUUUUCUUCAAUUAAUUUCAAAUGGCAGCUAUGCCUUCACAGAAGGAGGAGGUAGAAAAGGCACCUAGACUACCUAUGCCAUCACGAAAUCCUUUACCGUUAUCCGCAGCACAAGAAGCCCAAGUCCAAGAAGUCUACCAUACAAGAGUGCGGAGUUAUUGUGCGGCAGAGAUUAAGAGUUUGUAUUUCUAUGUAUACAUUUGACAAGUUAUGACUGAUGAUGGAAUCCAGCCUUCGCAGAGUGCGCUCUCGGAAGAACUUUCACUGCUCCAUUCAAAUGCAGAGAACAAAAUCGAGCGAUGAACAAUUGCAUGAUAACGCAUGCCACACAAUCAGAAAAGGAUGCAGCCAGAGAAGAGUGGUUUUCACUGAGAUUACAGAGACAAAAGGACCGUGAAGCAAAAGAGGCAAGGAGGAAAGAGCAAGAAAAGUUCCAUAGGGAAUGGUGGGGUUUACCAGCCGAAGAUAGAGAAGGCGACAAAGGUAAAGAGAUAAUGAGGAAGGCAGAAAGAGUUGGUGGAUUUCCCAGGAGGGAUGAAGGACAGCUUAGCAAAGAUCGGCAUAGGUGACCAUCGUUUUCACCCGGAUUCUGGGGCAGCAUAGGCGUUGGGGUUUUGCAGCAUUUUCGACCAGCGUAGGGAGCGCGCGACUGGGUUUAUAUGUACGACUAUACUGAUAUGACAUGAAACCGCAUUUCUGAACCGGACGAGGAAUUUAAGUCCGAACUUCAUAAGUCAAUCAAUUGGAUGUCAGUGGCUGCUU